AUGUCACCGACGAGUAUUCAACGUACAAUGCAGAAUGUUGCGUCGGGGCGUGCCGCCCACGAGUCUUCUUUUCGCAUUCUCGUAUUAUGUGUGGGCUUCUUCGCGCUGGGGCAGGUGAUGUCUACGUUCGUUUGCAGCUUCGUCGAAAUGUGGCUCCAUAAAGAGUAUCUUCCAGAGGUGGUGAUCUCGGCAUACCUCCUAAUUCCCCACGCCGCAGGGUGGAUUUCCAACAUGAAGGCCGUGAUCACCAAGAAGUCGAUGCUCGUCAAGGAUGCGCCCCGUGGUGGGCAUACCGCCAGGCGUGCGGUCCCAAUUGGGGACCGUGUGUCGCCGCAUGAGCUUUGCAAUAGCGGCUCCAAGUACUCACGAGACCUAGUGGGACACACUGUGCGUUUGUCGUCUGACAUGCGUGGCACUGGCCACACGCAAAGUGAGAGCUCCGUCCAGGUUCCGACACUAUCGGAAGUGAUGUUUGCUUGCGUCAGGUUCCAAGAUGUAGACAGAGCCCUGAAGUUGUUCGACCAGAUGUUGCAGGAGGGCGUCAGUCACGACGCGCACCUCAUUAGCAAGGCCAUAGUCGACAAAUUCUUCAAUUUGGUCUCCGACAACCUCUGUGACGUGCGCAUUCGGAAAGACGGGCUGUCGCUGUUUGAUGCAGUUCAAGCUCACGGCCUUGCGCCGUCUACAGCUAUCCAGAACCGUUUGAUCAAGGCGUGGAAGAGCAAACUUCCGAAGAGCGUCGUAAAGUAUCUCCUGACGAUGAAGAGCGACGGAUUCUUGAUCAGCCGGCUUUCGUAUUUCGCCUUGAUCAUAUCUAGCGAGCGGUCGAAUCCAGAGAUGGUGUUGGCGUUGUUCGGUGAGACGGGUAAUUUAGGAAUCACACUUGACAAGGUUGCGUACAAUUCAGUGUUGGGUGCUUGCUAUCACCUCGGCAUGUACGAUGAGAUUGGGCUGCUAUUCGCUCAGAUGGCCGAUCGCGGAUUGACGCCCGACAUAAAGACAUACCGCAUCGCGAUCAACGCCAGUUUACGGUCUAACCGCUUCGAGGAUACCGUGUCCGUCUUGGAGACGAUGCAUGGCCAGCGCCUGAAGUUCAAUGGGCAAGACUACCACAACGCAAUCGUUUAUUGCAUAAGCCUGCAGCGCGUGGAUGACGCAGUGGUGUUGUUCAACGCUAUGGUUCAGGCGAAUGUGAUCCCCCUCGAACGCUCUAUCGUCUGUUUGAGGGACGCAGGUCGCAUGUCUGCAUCGAGCUGUUUGGCAAUCUAG